GAGAUAAUCCACACGAAAGAGAGACCCUACAAAUGCUGUGAGUGUGGGAAAAGCUUCAAUCAUACCUCAGCCCUUAGUAGGCAUCAGCGAAUACACAGAGGAGAAAGACCCUAUGAAUGCUGUGAGUGCGGGAAAAGCUUCACUCAGAGAUAUACCCUUAACUCUCAUCAGAGAAUCCACACAGAAGAGCGACCCUACGAAUGCUGCAAGUGCGGGAAAAGCUUCACUCAGAGAUCAGCCCUUAUCUCUCAUCAGACAACGCACACAGAAGAGAAACCCUACGAAUGUUUUGAGUGUGGAAAAAGCUUCUCUCGGAGCUCAAACCUUACUACGCAUCAGAGGAUCCACACAGGAGAGAGACCCUAUGAAUGCCGUGAGUGCGGGAAAAGUUUCAGUCAAUUCUCCUCCCUUAUCUCUCACCAGAGAGUCCACACAGGAGAGAAACCCUAUGAAUGUUGCGAGUGUGGAAAAAGCUUCUCUCGGAGCUCACACCUUACUACGCAUCAGAGGAUCCACACAGGAGAGAGACCCUAUGAAUGCAGUGAGUGUGGGAAAAGUUUCACUCACCUCUUCUCUCUUAUCUCUCACCAGAGAGUCCACACGGGAGAGAAACCCUAUGAAUGCAGUGAGUGCGGGAAAAGCUUCUCUCGGAGCUCAACCCUUGUUACACAUUACAGAGUCCACACCGGAGAGAGACCAUAUGAUUGCUGCGAGUGCGGGAAAAGCUUUACUCAUAGUUCAGGCCUUUCUAAACAUCAGAGAAUCCACACAGGGGAGAGGCCCUUUGAAUGCAGUGAGUGUGGGAAAACCUUCAGUCGCAGUUCGCACCUUAUUAGGCAUCAAACAAUCCACAGAGGAGAGAGGCCCUAUGAAUGCCGUGAGUGUGGGAAAUGCUUCACUAGCAGCUCAAACCUUUCUCAACAUCAGAGAAUCCACACAGGGGACAGGCCCUAUGAAUGCCGUGAGUGUAGGAAAACCUUCUCUCACAGCUCAUCCCUUUCUGUACAUCAGAGAAUCCACACAGGGGAGAGGCCUUAUGAAUGCAGUGAGUGUGGGAAAAGCUUCACUAGCAGCUCACACCUUUCUCAACAUCAGAGAAUCCACACAGGGGAACGGCCCUAUGAAUGCAGUGAGUGUGGGAAAAGCUUCACUAGCAGCUCACACCUUUCUAAACAUCAGAGAAUACACACAGGGGAAAGGCCCUAUGAAUGCCGUGAGUGUAGGAAAACCUUCUCUCACAGCUCAGCCCUUUCUUUACAUCAGAGAAUCCACAUAGGGGACAGGCCCUAUGAAUGCACUGAGUGUGGGAAAACCUUCAAUCGCAGUUCGCACCUUAUUAGACAUCAGAGAAUCCACACAGGGGAGAGGCCCUACGAAUGCCGUGAGUGUGGGAAAACCUUCAAUCGCAGAUCAGCCCUUUCUGUUCAUCAGAGAAUCCACACGGGGGACAGGCCCUACGAAUGCCGUGAGUGUGGGAAAUCCUUCAAUCGCAGAUCAGCCCUUUCUGUUCAUCAGAGAAUCCACACGGGGGAAAGGCCCUAUGAAUGCCGUGAGUGUGGGAAAACCUUCAAUCGCAGAUCAGACCUUUCUAAACAUCAGAGAAUCCACACGGGGGAAAGGCCCUACGAAUGCCGUGAGUGUGGGAAAAGCUUCACUAACAGCUCGGCCCUUUCUGUUCAUCAGAGAAUCCACACAGGGGACAGGCCCUAUGAAUGCAGUGAGUGUGGGAAAAGCUUCACUCAAAGAUCAGACCUUUCUAAACAUCAGAGAAUCCACACGGGGGAAAGGCCCUAUGAAUGCUGUGAUUGUGGGAAAGGCUUCAAUCGCAGAUCAGCCCUUUCUGUUCAUCGGAGAAUCCACACAGAGAAGAGGCCCUACGAAUGCAGUGAGUGUGGGAAAAACUUCACUAGCAGCUCAGACCUUUCUAAACAUCAGAGAAUCCACACAGGGUACAGGCCCUACAAAUGCCGUGAGUGUGGGAAAAGCUUCACUAGCAGAUCAGCCCAUUUUACCCAUCAGAGAAUCCACACAGGGGAGAGGCCCUAUGAAUGCUGUGAGUGUGGGAAAACCUUCAAUCGCAGAUCAGGCCUUUCUAAACAUCAGAGAAUCCACACCAGGGGAAAGACACACUACACAUGCCACGAGUGUGGGAAAAGCUUCAGUCAGCGCUCACUCCUUAUCAGACAUGAGAGAAUCCACACAGGGGAGACGCCCUUCACGUGCGCUGAGUGCGGGAAAAGCUUCAGUCGGCGCUCAAGCCUUAUCACACAUCAGAGAAUCCACACAGGGGAGACUCCCUACACGUGCGCUGAGUGCGGGAAAAGCUUCAGUCGGCGCUCAAGCCUUAUCAGACAUCAGAGAAUCCACACAGGGGAGACGCCCUUCACGUGCGCUGAGUGCGGGAAAAGCUUCAAUCGGCGCUCACACCUUAUCACACAUCAGAGAAUCCACACAGGGGAGACUCCCUACACGUGCGCUGAGUGCGGGAAAAGCUUCAAUUCGCGCUCAAACCUUAUCACGCAUCAGAGAAUCCACACAGGGGAGACGCCCUUCACGUGCGCUGAGUGCGGGAAAAGCUUCAGUCAGCGCUCAAUCCUUAUCACACAUCGGAGAAUCCACACAGGGGAGACGCCCUACGCGUGCUCUGAGUGCGGGAAAAGCUUCAGUCGGCGCUCACACCUUAUCAGACAUCAGAGAAUCCACACAGGAGAGCAGCCCUACACGUGCGCUGAGUGCGGGAAAAGCUUCAGUCAGCGCUCAACCCUUAUCAGACAUCGUAGAAUCCACAGUGGAGAG